UUCAUUUAUAAAUUUUCCAUUCAUUGACUUGACGAGCCAGACGGAACAGACUUGCCUGGAAUUUUGCUGAAUUCACAGCUUUUGAGACAUUAUGACAACUUAACUCGCGGCAUUCGGCUUCAAGAUGAUGUCAAUACGCAAGUGGUUGUACAAACCCAAAAAAACCGAUAGUCAACUUCUGGCCCAGUUCUACUUCAGCGAUGAGGAGCUGAAUGCGGUAUCCCAGGAACUAGACAGCUUUGAUGGGCGGCAGGACCCAGAGAGAUGCACGCUACUUGUCAACCAGCUGAGAUCGUGUCAGGACAGAGUCUUAGGUAUUGUGGAGCAAGUCAUGGAGCACGCCAUCGCAGACCAGCGAGCUAAUCGGGACUUCAGGGCCAAGUUUCCUGACGACGUCUUGCAGGAUAGCCUCGCCGGCCAGCUUUGGUUUGGAGCAGAGUGCCUGGCUGCCGGUUCCACAAUCAUGAAUCGGGAGAUUGAGAGUGCUGCGCUGCGUCCGUUGGCCAGGGGGUUGACCCGAAGCUUGGAUGUGCUACGUAGUGUCCUGCGAGAGCAGUGCUACAAGAACUUGAACCAUUACAGUGAGAAGGUUAAAGAGGGCCUGCGUAAAUUUGACGAGAUGUUUGCUGAGUUUGAGCUGAGCUAUGUGAGUGCCAUGGUUCCUGUCAAGACAGCGAGGGAAUAUGACACUCAGCAGGACGUCAUUGUGCUGUUCUGUGAGACCAUGGACAGGGCUUUGAAGCAGUGUUACAUAACCCAAGACAGAGUAGAUGACUAUGACCCUGCGUUGAUGUUUACUAUUCCUAGACUGGCUAUAGUCAGCGGCUUGCUGAUUUUCCCGGACGGACCUCUGAAUAUGGACAGGGACUCACGGAACAUCUCGGAACUCUUCAGACCUUUCCAGGGUUUACUGCUCAAAAUAAAGGAAUUAUUAGAAACCCUGCACGAGGAGGAACUGCAUCUUCUGGAGAAGGCGUUGUGCAGCACCAAGGAAUCAUGGGAAGACAUUGAACGCCAGCUGAACGAGAUGAGCCUGAACAACGAGACACCACCGCGAGGGCGCUCUCGCCGCACCAGCCGCAACCCGGACUCCAUCUGCCUGUCGCCAUGUGACAGCAUGAUGACGGAGUGCUCUCUGAUCAGCUCCAGCUUUCUGUCCACCCCUGAGGGGGCAGAUCUUCUGAUGCAGAGGCUGAGCUUCUCCGAUUCUUACCAGGAUCUCCCCGUACCUGAGAUGAGCGAGAGGGAGUCUUUGAGCCCUGGGAUGUCCCCAGUAGCUUCGGGAAGGGAUGCCAUGCCUGAAAUAACUUCCAUCUGUGAUGGCGAGGGGCCUGGGAUUUCAGAACUUAGAAAUGGGAAUAGUGAAACUGGAGGCGUGGAGCAAGUAGUUCUUGAUGGACAUCAAAAUGGUGAUCUUGCAAACAAUAACUUCUUUGGACAGCGAGUUUCCAACAAUGACACGAAUUCUGCCCCAGUGAGCAGGGCACCGGUGUCCAAUGGCUCGGAACCAGCUGUGAGGGAGAACCACCGUCCACGCCUGACACGGGAGGACAGUGGGCUAGGCUCUGCCCCCGAAAUGGAGAUGAUGGAUUUGUUCAUCAACGUUCCACCCAUGCUCCAAAGCAGCGUGGAGAUUGAAUUGAAUGGUGGAGAAAGCCUGGUCCGUGUUCAGAACACCGACUCGGUGCCGCACAGCAGUAAAGCUGCCCUUAACCCUUUGAGAAUAGACGGUGGAUCCCGGGCAGUUGGCACCAACCCUUCGCCAGUAGCACCCCCGACCAACUUUGGCAAAGGGAAGCCCAGCACAGAACUAAGCUUAGUCGGUGCUAGAACUAGUCCGACGGUGAACAACAGACAUCACUCUGAUUUCACAUCGGAGGGGUCAGUGUCCCUCUCCCAUCAAGGCUCUCUGGACACACCCUCGCCCAACGGCCAAAACGAACCCACGUCCUUCUUCCAGCGGCUCCGUCAUGGUUCGGGCCACCGGUCCUCAGAUCAAGAGUCGUCUCGCGCAUCCAGUCCCAACGGGGCCAUCUCGGCCAGUGCAAUAAACAGGGUGGAGGGGAGUCGGGGAAUGAGACGGGCUACCAAUCAGAGGUCAUGUGACCUGCCGGAGGAUGAUGCUGAUGAUGGGGGUUCGUCAAGCUCCUGUUCAUCAUCAUGCUGUGGAGGUGAUGAUGACGUCUGUAGCUACAAAUGGGAAUCAGAUGGAAGCGAUAGUGACAGCACGUCUUACCUGUCUGAGAACAAUGAUGAGCUAGAGAUUGCCAUGGCGAUAGAGGCAGCGGAGGUUGCGGCGAGGCAGGAGAUGAGGUCUCACUUCCGUAGCUCCAGUGACUUGGUGCACAGGCUCUUUGUCUGUAUUGCAGGUGUUGCUGACCAGCUUCAGACAAACUAUGCCAGCGACUUGCGUAACAUCCUAAAGACUGUCUUCAUCAUGUGUGCCACGGAACCGUUUGUCAUCACUCCAGAAGAUGUCUGUCAAAAUGGUACCUCGCAAGCUGAACCACAAGAGGGCGCUAGCCAAAGUGGUGCUACUGGAACUAAUGUCGUCGAGGCAAAUUCCGAAGCCAGUAGAGCAUCGCCCACAAAUGGCCGGGUCCGAUUUGAGAGUGGAACGGAUACCGAAGAAAGGACUCUUGUGGGGGACAGUGUUCCCUCUGACUUAAAUUCUGAAAUCGAGAGCUUGGCUGGGACAUCAACAGACCCUGAGAGCACGGUAUCUACAAACGGACAGAAAUUGCCCACAGAUGGGUCAGAACAAAACGAUACAUCUGCUUCUACUGGAGACAGUAUCAUCAGGGAUGCACCAAGCGAAGGGUCCGUCAUUGAAGACACAGCCCAAACUGAGAGCCCAGUGUCGGAAUCGAAGGAAAGGAGGAGGCAUCGCAGCGGCUCCAGAAACAGAAGGUCCACCGCUUACCAAGAACCGCCACCUUGGGUUCCUGAUGAUAGUGCUACUGAGUGUACGUCCUGUAAAGCUCUAUUCACAAUGCUGAGGAGAAAACACCACUGUAGGAACUGUGGAAAGAUUUUCUGCGGUCGGUGUUCGGCCAACUCGGUCCCCCUGCCACGCUACGGUCAGCUCUGCCCGGUCCGCGUCUGCAACCGAUGCUACAUGUUCCAGGUCACCCCGUUCCAAACCUGAAAUCCUUUUCACCACAAGAGGGCGCACUCCAACGCAAUCACUGAAAAUAACUAGUAACACUUUAUAUCCAUUAUUGGCUGAUUAUUUCUGAGCCAGGCGUGUAAAUUGUCCCCAGUCAAUUGUAACUUUUGGUUUUUUCCCCCCAGUAUUCCCCCCCACACAAAAACUUAAUAUGUUUUCCAUUUCCAAAGUUCGGUAUUAUGAUAGUUAUCAACCAUAAAUAGGAUAUGCAGUGCUUAUAUCGUUAUGACCCAAAAAUGAAAGAAUACCUGGAGUUUAAUGCAUGUAAACACACUGUACUUCUACUUCUACGUGGAUAAGUGCCAGUAGCAGAUCUGGAUUGGGAGUUGUGGGGUUGCAAGCACCUGAUCACCCGCUGACUGAUGUUAUGAAACUAGUAAAAUGGGGACACAAAUAAUAAAUGGAAUGCUAAAGUUUAUAAAUUUAUUCUUGAAUUGCCUCAGAGUGAAUGAGAAAUCAUCGUAGAUUUCAACAUUUUCUUGGGGAUUUGCCCCCUCCCCACUUUAUAUCCCCCCCCUCGUUUCCGCCCGUGAGUGCAUCCAUAUAUGUAAAGACAAUUAUUGUUUCUAGAGAUUAUUUAAAACAGUCUUGAUUGUGUGAAACUAGUGAGGCUUGAGUUUCCAGAGUGUGUUGGGAACCAAAGGCAAAAACUGAAACUCUUUCUCCAUUCGGAGAUUUGCUUGGGCAAACACCGUCAGAGAUGAACAAAAUAUCCACCAAAUUUAUGAGUAUGUAAAGUUUUUGUGACUAAUGAUAAUACAAUAAAAUGCAGCUGGUAAUUCAAGAAUUUCACAUUCAUUUUAUUCCAUAGUUAUGCCUCCCUCAGCAUACAAAGAUGGCCGCCCCUUGUAGCAGCCAUCUUUGUUGCCAUAGAAAAUCUUGAGACUUUGUAGAGUCUGGAAGUUGCUUGGGAUCUUGUGUGUUAUUUUUCUGUAUAAAAGUGAGAAACUUGGGAUGUAGUGUUGAAGCCAUAAUAUCUUAACUGAAUAUUGUGGGAAGGAAACGUAGUCACUUGGUUUACAGGAUUUGAGCAUUACUUCUGGAAUUUUUACGAUAUCAAUUACACAACUGGAGACAAGUAUUAUAUUCAUUUAAUAUAUGCAAACAAUAUGAAAAUAUGACUACUCAACCAGGUAACCAAUGUAUGAUGUAUUAUAUACAACCAGGAUAUUUAUGGCACCAAUAUUCAUUGCGUGAACAAUGCAGUCUGUAAAUAACGACAAGCUUUGUGUAUUUAUUGCCAGGAGUAUGGAGUUUUAUAAUGUACAAUUUUAUCGCAGUCAGCGAUAGGCACAAAAGGCUUGGUGGCAUAAAAUUAUUGUGUAGAAGUAAGAUGAAUUGAAACGGUCAAUGAAGAGAGACAUUCACAAAAUUGGACUGCGCCCAAACUUGGUUUGAAUGCACAAUUGGUGGAGUGGCGUUACAGUAUUGUAGGUAGUUACUGAAAGAUUCUAUCACCAACACUUAUAAAAACACACAUGUUUACACUUCUGUUUUCAAUGGAUUAAUAUCUCAUGUACUUAAUGUAUCAUACUGGAAAGUAUUUAUCAGGUUUUCCUGUUUAUUUUUAUUUCCUCUUGGCAAGUGUUUCCUCAAGUAUUUAUGAAACAAGCUGUUACUGUCUUGCUACAUCUUCGCUAACUCUUCAAAAAUCCACCGGGGUUUGCUUGUUUUGGGGGUUUUGCAAAAGUGAGGAAAGUUGAGUCUGGUCUGAACACAGACACAAAAUGGCUGCUUAUUGUGGAUAGCCAUCAAUCAGUUUGCGUCGGAGGAUGUGAUAACACGCACUUGUUUUUUAUUUUAACACAGGCAUGGCUGACGGGUUAAAACAUCAAGAUUGCCUCAACUCGCCUCCGGGUGCAUGUCUAAGCACGCUACCCUCGUGUCUUUUGUACACAUGCACACAUAAAGUCAGUAAAGUCUGUGGAGGCGGACUGUGUGUUGAUCUUGAAUUGGCCGUUGUGCAACGGCCUAUUGUACAAUUUCCACUCCUGUACCCCAGAUUUACUCCACACCCCAGAGUAUUGAAACAAAUGAGGUUUCGGCAAGAAAUUUGUUUACAGUUGAAAUGACUCUUGCGAAUCAGUAUUUGUGGCGUUUGGCUAUAUAUCAGAAAUUUCCUGGAAAAUUUUGCCUUUUGCGAAAAUCAAGUUUUAUGUCAGAUUGACCUAUGAUGUAGGGGUCAACCUAGCUACUGCUAGCCCAAUAGGGCACUGCGUACCAAUAGGGCACUGCGUUAAGUGUGACACAUGAGUGCAUAGGAGAAGUACACCAAACAAACUAAAGGGGAGGGUUUUUACACUUUGUUUGAGUUGGGAGGAUUCAGAUAUGCCUAGGGAGUUAGGGUGAACAUGUACAAGGCAUAUACAAUUGUGCACAGUAUUUAAAGCGUUGGUUGAAAAGGGGGGGGGGGGAAUGAAAAGAAGUCUCUUGGUGCUUGAACAAAAUCAGGUUAGUUUUUUGUGUUUUGAAAGUAAAACAGGUAUACUAGAUACAAGUAUUUUAUUGUUGCUUGGGGGGGGGGGGGGGUCUACAAGUUUUCAAAUUUCACAUAGCACCCAUGCAUGUGGUUGAGUUUAUUUGGAUGAAUUUGACCGGUAUUUCACUUGCAUUUUAUGCAUAUUAUGAUUUGUUUCUUUUUGGGCCAUUACUGCAAAUAUUUAAAUUGGUUUGCAGACUGCCAAAACUGAAAGAAUAUACCAAUCAUGUCUGAAGAAAGGUCCAGAUUUGUCUUAUCUAUCAAUUUAGCAGAAUAUUAAGCUUUUGGACAGGUUGAUUUAAAAGGUCUUAUUGUUUUGUCAGAAUAUAAGCUGAUAAGGUUCGUUACCGUGUGAAGUGUAGAAUGAUUUAAAAUUCAUUACUUGUUUUCUGAGUUGGGUUCAUGGUGCCUACAUGUGCAGUUUUUAUUGUCCAUUUUCAGGUUUAUUUUUAUAUUUAGCUGAAAGAAUUGGAAAAAAACAUUUGGUGGCCAAAAAAGUGUAAAUACUUGAUGCUGUAGUCUGUCAACAAUGUAAUUGCAUGUCGUUUGUUUCUCGUCAUGCUGGUCCUUUUCAUGUUUCUUUCUGUACAAAAAUACGGUAAAAAACCUGCAGAAUGAAAUAAAAAUUCUGAUUAAUUGUUGAUGUGUUGCUUAGCAACAAGGGUGGGAUUUCCCUAGCUGGUUUCUGGUCCUUCUGUGAUGUGCAGGAACCAGUUAGGGAAAAUAAGCAACCGGUUACUUUUUUCACCGUUGAGUUAUCAAGUGUAUAUUGAGUGCAUUGCAGAGCUAUUGCGUGGUCAAAAUAUUACCAAUAGACCAACAAUUCAUUUGCUUAAAAUGUGGCUGAAAAAGCUGCUGUAAAAACCUGCUUAACUGUGAACAUUUGUAUUGUAUAGCGAGGUAUAUGUCUACAUAAGACACUACUUGUUGCAAUGGAUAAAAACUGGUGAAGUGUUUCUUUGCAUUCUGCAUGUUACAUAUUGAGUAUGAAUAAAAUGCCUCUUGUCUGAUCCAGAAAAAAAA